AUGCCUUGGAGCGAAGAACAUACGAUAGAUGAAAUACGGCUGAAAAAGUCAGCUUAUCAAUAUUUAUGUCAUUUAGAAGAAGCAAGAUUAUGGAUUCAGGAUUGCUUGAAACAAGAAGUAAAGCCUGUGAAAGAGUUUGAAGUACGGCUACGAAAUGGGGUUGUUUUAGCUAAGCUAGGAAAUCAUAUUGCUCCCCAUAUUGUACCGUUGAAAAAAAUAUAUGAUGUUGAUGAGGAAAUAUAUGGACGUUCGGGUCUUCAAUACCAUCACAUUGACAACAUCAAUCUCUGGAUAGCAGCUAUGAGCGCUGUAGGACUGCCAGAGCUAUUUUAUCCUAAUGCAUUUGAUGUAUAUGGAAAAAAGAAUAUGCCUAAAGCUGUGUACUGUAUACAUGCACUUAGUUUGCAUUUGUACAGAUUUGGUGAAGGGAUUAAAAUUUUAGACUUAUGGGGGAAAAUAAAAUUUUCUGAUGAAGAGAUCGAUUCAGUUAGUCUGGAAUUUACAAAUUCUAGAAUUCAACUUCCUUCUUUUAAAAAAAUUCGAUGUAUCUUAAAUAGCACAGUAAGCCAUACAAAUGUUAAUCUUAAUGCUGCAGUAAUCGCUAUUAACAUAGCAAUCAGCCAAGAAAAUUCAGAGAGCUUAUUAAUACGGCGCAAUUAUCUUGAGCGAAGAGCCAGAAAUUUAAAAAUAUUGAGAUCAGUGAAACUGAUUCAGCGUUGCUGGCGUGCUUUCAAGGUAAAGCAAAAUUUGAAACUUUUAACUCAUUCUUCCAGCCCUUCUUUAUCGCUAAUUCGGAACAUUAUAUGUAUGCUAGAAAUAAGUAAUGAUGAUUAUUCUGAAGAAUUAAGAUUGCAUAACCUACAAAGUGAGGUCAUUCAUAUCAUUCGUUACAACCAAGAUCUUUUAAAGGAACUCGAUGAAAUGGACCUAAAAAUUGGACUUUUAAUUAAAAAUUAUAUCACACUAGAAGAACUUGUAUCUCAAAAAAAGUCAAAGGAAAAAAACAAAUUAAAAGAGAGUUCAGAUAAAAAUCUUAACAACUUUUCUAGAAUGCAUCAAGUUUUUAUUGAAAAAUUCGAGAAUUUAUUAUAUUUGUUGCAAACAGAUCCAAAUUAUUUAGCAAAGCUCAUUAUUGCCUUGCCAAUUAAUGAAGCAAAUUCUUUUGUGGAAUCUGUCGUCUUUGCAAUUUAUAAUUAUGGGUCUACACCACGAGAAGAAUUUUUUCUCUUAAAAUUGUUACAUAAAGCACUUGAAGAAGAAAUUAUCUUCAAAGUUGAUAAAUUGAGUGACAUGAUAAAAGAUGAUCGUUUUGUUGUAAAGAUCGUACUGUCUUUAUAUCGUAAAAUUUAUCAGCCAGAAAAUUUGAAAACUUUGUUUCAACCUCUGCUUCACUUAAUUUUGAAAGAUAAUUUUCUAUUAUAUAGUCUAAAUCCUAUAGAUAUAUAUAGAGUAUGGCAGAAUGAAAUAGAAAUAGAAUCUGGAAAAAAAUCUGAACUUCCAUACGAUGUUACCGUUGAGGAAGCCCUUUGCCAUGCAGAAGUAAAUCAUCGUUUUAACACAUUGCUUGACAGGUUAGUGACAUAUGCAGUUAAAGUUUGUAAUGCUAUUAUAAAUAGUCAAAAUAUUCUUCCAUAUGGUAUCAUGUAUAUGGCAAAAAUAUUAAAGGAAGUUUUAAUGAAAAAAUUUCCCUAUGCUUCCAAAAAAGAACUCUAUCAAAUAGUUGGGAAUUUCGUGUAUUAUCGCUUUAUCAAUCCGAUAAUAAUUGCACCCGAUGCUUUUGAAAUAUUAAAUAGUUUACCUGAUGAUAAUAUAAGUCACAAGGAUAGGAUGAAGCUCUCGCUCAUUGCAAAAUUUUUACAAUUUGCUGCUGUAGGAAAAGAAUAUUCUGAAGAUCAUUUAGUUUGUCUUAAUCCAUAUCUUAGAGAUUGUCAUGAAAAUUUGCUCUCAUUUUUUGAAGAGGUAUGCAAUAUUUGUAAUUUAGAAGAUCACUUUAAUAUAUGUCCCUUUUCCGAAGCACUCAUGACUACUCCCAAGGUAUAUUUGAAUCCACGAGAACUAAUUUCUUUGUACAAAUUAUUGACUAAAAAUGAGUAUAUCUUAGCGCCCGAUUCUUCCGACAUUUUACACGAAGUUUUGGAAGAAUUUGAUGUUGAAUUGCUUAAUGAUAUUUUGGAAAAGACAGAUGAAAAUAUUUUAUCUACCGAAUUGUGUCUUUCAUUAAAAUGUAACAACAAAUUUGAAGAUGAUACGAAUGAUGAGGAAAAAAUAUAUCUACAAACUAAAUUUAUGCUCAUUACUUUAAUGCAGGUUUUUCCUUCUCAAGAGUGCAUUUUAGAAUUCUUAAACUUGGAAAUGUCAAGUGAAAUGGCAAAAAAAUUUGAAGGUUUCUCUUUCACAAAACAGAUCAAUUCUAUGGGUUACAAUGCAACUGAUUCUGAAAAGUUCCAAAACUGGAAGACACUAUCUUCUUUUCAAAAAGCUUUACAGUAUAAUUUAAACAUAUUGGAACUUAAUGGCUAUGUCUCGAUAAAAAACAACUAUCAAGAUAUAUUAAAUGAUAUAGCUGAAGACAUAGUGAACCGUUGGAAAUACAGAAUUAGUCGUAAAAAUGAAAUAGAAAAAUUAUUAGAAAUACUAAAGAAACUGAAAUCAAAACAGUUAUGUUAUUUUGAAAAGCUUGAUUAUUAUAAUAAAUACAUUGCUGUAUGUUUGGAAAAGUUCAAACUUGGAGAAAAACUUAUACACAGAAAAUUUCCGUGGAAACGAACAUCAGAUGGUAACUUAAAAAAUAAGGUUUUGAUAUAUUCUGGCUCUAAAUUACAUGAGAAAGGUAUAUUGCUAGAAAUUCAGGGUUUAACUAAAUGUCAAUUGAAAAAUAUUUUCUUUGAAAUCAGCUCUUCAGAGGAUCCUGGAAUUUUUAAUGUUAAAGUGAAAUUUAUGGGUAAAUAUUUGGAAACUGUUAUUGUUGACAUACAAGAUUUAUUAUCUUAUAAAUAUAAAGGUAUAGCUGUCAUCAAGCUAAAUGAAUGUGUAAGAAUCAAUAAUAAUUUCCUUCUUCAUUUAUUGAAUGUAAAAUUUUAUAAUGGAAAAAAGUGA